AUGCCUCGACUCACUCUCCCGAACAAAGCUCUCAAGUGGCAAUCUUCCAAAGAGCUUGCUAAGCAGACUUCUGGUCUUCUCAAUUUGCCAUUGGAUGUGCAGCGUCUCAUCUUUGAGAACGUCCCAGCAAAUAUCUGGCGUUCAAUUCCUAUUUGCUGUGACGGCUUCUACUACAGUACCAAAUCAAUAGAAGUGAGCCUUCUUCAGGUCUGUGGUCAAGUCAACGCGGAGGCCGGUCACGCUAUGCAACAUGGCCAAGCAGAUCAGCGCUGUGUGCUAGCAUUCAGUCCUUUCCACCACUUUGGCGUCACUCGGGCGAUCUUGGAGACAAUCAGCCUUGGCCGUACGUACGACGAAAUCUAUACGAAGAGAGUCCCUAAGGAUCAGAAGCCAGCUCUUGCUAUCAGUCCACUGGCUGCUGAUUUAGCCUUCGAGACUUUUGAUCGUAGUAUCACGAAAGCGAUCAGUCAUCAUUUUCGAGGAGACCUCUGGGUGCCCGAACUAUCCCAAGACAAGUUCAACACAUUUAUUACCCAAGUUCUCCUACAGUUGCGCCGAAGCCCGGAAAUUGAGUUACAUCUCCAUCUUCCUAAGCGGAGGAUGUUCAUGCUUAUUAACCAGUAUUUCGAAUGGAUUGGGCCUAUAAUUGCCUAUUUCGUAGAUCUGGUUCAUGGAAACCAGCCAGUGAUUACUGGUACGUUGCGCUUUCGUCUCACCAUUGUUAGCGAAAACGAAGAGAUUCAGCAUCUAUUGCAAACUGAAUGGCCACAAUCCCAAGUCGGCAGCGCGAAAUGGGAAGUGGCAACGGAGCAGGACCAAGGGGCAUGGGAUGAGCUCGAUAAGUCUACCCAUAUCGAGUACCAGGACAAGGACGAGGAGUCGAGAGAUCAGAGAGAACGAGCUGCCUAUCUUGUUAAAUGCAAGAAGGGUCGUGCAUACAGUCUCAUUUAG